AUGUUAGGAGGAUCUCCUAGAGGUGACAGUAGUGGUUCUUUGGAGGAACAGCUAGCGUCUGAAGGAAUGAAAGAUAUUUUUGUAGCUGUUGUUGUUCUUGAUGAUGAAAAUGGUGAUAGAGGUUCAGCAACUUCGUCUAUUGAACAACAGAUUGUUCCAUCUGAUUCUGUUAUUUGCGGGAAUUCAUCAACGGUCGAAGUAGAAAUAUGA